AUGAAACUGCUGGGCAUUUUGCUUGUUUUAUGUGUGGCACAAAGGGCCUUUGGCGAAGAUAAUUCGGAUUUGUCGGAUCCCGUUGCCUUCGACAAUGAUGAGGUCCUGUGGCAUGUCCUUUACACCAAAUUGAAUUUGAUUAUGAAUGUCACGGAUACUAUGAGUGAUACCGUAAUGGAAUUGCAAAAUAAACAACGUGAACAGGAAGAUCGUACAAUGCAAUUGAUAGAAAAACUAAAUACCGAUGCCAAACAAUAUAUGGAUGAACAGUUUAAGGAAUUGUCGGAAAGACAAUACCAACAAGAAACCAAACUAACCCAUCUUGUGGAAAAAAUCGAUGAAUAUUUUUCGGAAACCAAUAAAAGAUUUGAUGACCUCACCUCCCGCCAAGAUAACCAGGAAAAUCUAAUUGUGAGCAUUUCCAAUCAAACCCAAGCCUGGACGACAGUGAUGCGUCGUCAAGAUGGCUCUGUGGAUUUCUAUCGUAAAUGGGCGGAAUAUAAAUCGGGUUUUGGCAAUCCGCCAAAUGGUGAAUUCUUUAUUGGUUUGGAUAAUCUCCAUCGUAUGACCUCCCGAGAGCCUAUGGAGCUAUUGGUUGUAAUGCAUGAAUGGGGUGGCGAUAUGGUCCAUGCCCAUUACGAUCUGUUUCGCAUUGGUGGCGAAUAUGACAAAUAUGCCAUUAAGGUAUUGGGUAAUUAUAGCGGUGAUGCUGGUGAUGGUUUGGGAUAUCAUUUGGGUAUGCCAUUUUCAACCUACGAUCAGGAUAACGAUGAAUCGACGAGGAAUUGUGCCAGCUAUUUUCGGGGUGCAUGGUGGUUUAAGUCGUGUUAUUCGAGCCAUUUGUGUGGUCCUUAUCGUUUUGAGGCCAAUGCCAAUCAGGCCGGUGUCAGCUGGGAUAAAUGGAAGGUGGACUAUUCAUUCCGAUUUGCCGAAAUGAAAAUUAGACCAAAAUUAGUCUGGUCACCUUCUAAUAAUAUCACAGAAUCGGAAAUGGAAAAGAAAAAAUUAUUUUAA